UACUCUGCUCAUUCAUUCACAUUCCGCCGAACGGAGCGUUUUAACGAACAAAGACAGAGCAGAAGUAAAAUAAAGUACAUUUGUAAUAGAACAACAAUUACUGUUAAUUGAUAGAGCAAACAAUCCGGAAUACGAUUGCAAAGCCGACUUUUGGAUUCGAACCCGACAUGGAUAUGGACAUGGACAGCAUGUUUCCGCGCUCACGUAUGGGGCGGAUGCACCACGAUCCCUUCGCCGGCUUCGGUGACUCACGUAAGCGGAGUAGUUUGCACGGUCCCCCCCAAACGAAUGCUGACGAUGCCUUUUCCUCCCAUUUUGACGACGCAGACUUUGGGUUCCCCCAGUUCUCGACCAUGGGCAGGCGCGGCCGCAUGGCCGGCGGUGCCAACAAUCACAUGGACCACGACGACGAUUUCUUUAACCGGCUGCCCUCGGAGUUCCGUCAGUACAUCCCCGAUGGCUUUGGGGCCAGGCGCGGCACGGGACAGGCGACUGGGGCUGUGCCUCCACAGCAGCCGCAGAAGCAGUACUACCAGCAGGAUUACCCUGUGGCACCACAGCAGCAGCAGUUCGUGCCAGUGGUUCCGCAGCAGCAGCAUCAGGUGCCGCAGUCGCCCUCAAAGCGCCUAUGCGAUGCGGCCAUCCAAACGGAGGAUCCUGCCGGACGUUCCGAGGUGGAUUGUGCCGCACCCGUUAAUCUGAAUCAGCAUGGUCUGCGCAACACUGUGGACAUGGGCGUGAAGAGUGUGGCAGAGCAAGACCAGGCGGCCCGCUCUCACUCUGCACCUCCUCCAGAGCAACAGCAGCAGAACCUGCUGUACCAACAACAACAGCGACCCACUCCCCCGCCUGGAGUGCAUCAGCCACAGUUUGGCACUCAGACCAGUCCACCGGUGCAAGGGCAGUAUCAGCAAGCGCAACAGCAGCCCCAGCAGCAUCCGCCUCAGUUUAAGUCGUACUAUGCCCCGCAUCAGCAAACGCAUCCUCAGCAGAAGCAGCAGACGCCGCCUCCUGCCCCACAAACGCCCGGGGGAAGCUUCAUCCGUACUAUUCCCAUCUUCGUGGAGGGUCGGACUGAGCCCAUUAUCAAUGCCCACAAGGAGAUUCCAAACCAGAAUGCUCCGCCUAGUGCCCAGGCCCAAUCUCAGGCCCAGGCCCAGGCCCAGGCCCACUACUCGCCACAGCAGUCGCGUCCAACGCCACUCAAUACUCAGCAGCAGCAGCAGCCGGCGGAGCAACAGUUUGCGGCAGAUGGAGCUGCAGGACUGCCACCCCAGACACCCCACACUCUCGAUUCGAUCAACAAGAUUCAGGACAUCCAGCGCGACGUGCUCGACCUGAUGACCAAGGUAGAGCAGUUCAAGGGCAUGCGUCAGGAGAAGGAGUAUGCCUACCUGGACGAGAUGCUAACCCGCAAUCUACUCAAGCUUGACACCAUCGACACUAACGGCAAGGACAGCAUUCGUCUAGCCCGCAAAGAGGCCAUCAAAUGCAUUCAGGCUUCAAUAAAUGUGCUGGAGGCCAAGGCCGAGGAGAACGCCAGGCUGGCGGCAGGAGUAGAGGCGGGCCCUCCCGUCAUCGAGCAGGCGGCCACAGAGGCUGCGGCAGAGGUGCAAGAGCCGGUCACACCACAGCCACAGGAUGCUACAAAGAUUCAAGAGCCAAUCCCUCUGCCUCCGCCACCAAGUGCUGUGGAGGGAUCCGCUUCCAACACUGCCGUGGAGGCUCCGCUAGCAGCAGCCGAAGCGGCUCAAACCGUCUCUUCGACUGAGACAACCACCUCGACGUCCGAAUGAUGAACAGAGCGCCUCUACAAGGCGACCACCACAUCGAGACAGCUACGCAAAUUAACCAAAUUCAAGUGAUGAUUGGGCGGGAGAAUGACGAGUGACGGCGAGAAAAGGAUUUUGUUUGGAAGUUACAGCGAAAACUUGAUUGAUUAAACGGCAUGUGAAGUGAAUGUGAAUACGAGUAUCUUUGAUAGUGUUCCAUGCACACAUGCAUAUACAUAUAUACAUACGUACUACACACACACACAUACAUAUAAGCAUACAAAUCUCAUGUGACAUAACAAAGGCAUCAGCAUCACCCAUAACACGCAAUACACCACAUGGUACGUUUCGUACACCGCAUAGAUUAGGCUAGGAAGGACUUUGAUAUUGAUAUAUUGAAACACAAAAAAGUGCCUGCAUAGAAUUUGAAAGUUAACAAACCGAACACGAUUUAGCAACGAUUUAUAAUGAUAACUCAGUGGCUUGACACUUGAAAGAGCUGAUUAUUUUUAAGCGAUAGAAGAUCACGACUAUACGAGUCCAGUUUUAAUAGUCCGAUGGGACAACUGCGGACGGAAUGGCAGGUAGCAGCAGCGAGCACCAGUAUGAUCUCAUACAAAUCUACAGCAAAUGGAGCUGAGCUUGCUAGCCACACCUCUCCGGGCGCACCGCUUACAUCGCGUCUUUGCUACAGUUGAAUCUGAAUUGUUAAACAAAGGCAAACAACACACACAAUUAUUGAAAACUCUUAUGAAUAACUAUUUAUGCUACUAAUUAAUACGAGAAUAAAUGUAGAUAUUGUUGACCAUA